AUGGACCUGCCCAUCUCGGGCGCGGACGCCUAUUAUGGUCGCGGGCAUGGAGAGCCACGCAAGCCAAACUUCAAGCGGAUAGCUGUCGCCGUCUCCCUGGCCCUGGGCACCAUCGGCAUGCUUUAUAAGCCAGCUUUCCAGCACUAUCAGCGAAUCGCCAACGAUUGCUCCAAGACUCUCACGGUCGAUAAGAGGGCGCAGAGAGUUCUCACGACAACUCCCCUGAUUGAUGGACACGUCGACUUCGCCGUCUUCCUCCGCGGCGUUUUUGAUAACCACAUCGAGAGCGAUGAUUUUGCCGGCGCGUUUGAAAAUGGAACGCUCAGCGGCCACCUUGACCUCGCGCGGCUAAGAACUGGUCGCUCGGGUGGUGCGUUCUGGAGCGUCUUCGCUCCAUGCCCAGACAAUGGAACGGACUUUUCGGAUGAGAAUUAUGCUGCCAGUCUUCAGUUCACGUUGCAGGCAAUCGAUACCAUGAAGAGGCUCUUCGCGGCUUACCCCGAAGACUUUGCCCAUGAUGUCGACGGCGCCGAUGCCUUCAAGGCCUUCCGAAGAGGAAAGCUGGUUUCGCCCCUGGGCGUGGAGGGUCUGCACCAGAUCGCCAACCAGCCUAGCAACCUGCGCCUGUUUCGCGAUCUUGGUGUGAGAUACGCAACGUUGACACACAACUGCCACAACAAGUAUGCGGAUGCCGCUCUGCAGAGCAAUCCAUUCAAGAAGGCAACCCCAGUUUGGGGCGGCGUCAGCCCCGACGGACGAAAAUUGGUCCACGAGAUGAAUCGCAUUGGCAUGAUUGUCGAUCUUUCUCAUGUCAGCGAGGAUACAAUGAUUGAUACCCUCGGCGGAAAAGAUGACUGGGAAGGAUCCAAAGCACCCGUCAUCUUCUCGCACAGCUCGGCCUUUAGCAUCUGCCCUCACCCGCGCAACGUCAAAGACCAUGUCCUGCAGCUGGUGAAGAAGCGCAAUUCCGUGGUGUUGGUCAACAUUUACCCUGGAUUCAUCUCCUGCUUCGACGAAGGCAACGAGAAUGGCGUUCCUACUGAAGACACUGAGAACGCUACGCUGGAAAAGGUCGCCGAUCACAUUACAUAUAUCGGAGAUCUCAUCGGCUAUGAUCACGUUGGCAUUGGGUCCGACUUUGAUGGAAUUGACAGGGUGCCUGAAGGACUCGAGGACGUUACCAAAUAUCCCGCUCUGAUCGCUGAGCUCUUGCGACGAGGAGUCAGCGAGGCAGACGCCGCAAAGGUUGUCGGUGGAAAUGUCAUUCGGGUCUGGAAGGAAGUGGAUGCAGUAUCAGCCCAGAUGAAAGCUGACGGCGCCCCAAUCUUGGAAGAUGAAUUCUAG